UUUGCAUUUUAUUAUGAGAGAACAGAAAAUCGAAUGAAAAGAAAGUAGUCGGCGCGGAGAAUAUAAAAAAUGUAUUUCCAGUUGGCCAAGUUUUGGGGCAGGCUGCCUGGUUGACUGACCAGUCAACAAAUUAGGCCUCAAGUAUGCAGGUAACGGUUUCUCGAAUUCGAGCCACCAGCCAGCCAUCCAGCCAGCCAGCAACAUCUACUGCCUGAGUCGAGUCUGGAGCUGUAGAGCUGUAGAUGGAAUUGGCUUGGCUCUUUCGCACUUUUCGCCGCCACCGUCGCUCUCAGUUAGUAGGCUUGCAUCGGUUUCUUGGCUUUCAGGUUUCUCGUCUCAUUCGGACCGGGGGAUUUCCUCGCACUUGUUGCAUGUGGCACAGUUUCGCAAGCGGCAAACACUUCCGAGGAGCCAAGCAGCCGGCAGCCACAGUGUCUGCCACCCCCUCGUGAGUCAAUUAGCAGUGGCUCAGAAGCGGGCAGGAAAGCGAAAGUGGUUUCAGCACCGCUCUGGCUCUGGCUCUGGCUCUGACGGUUCAGAGCCUCUGGUCAAAUGUGUCCAAUGGCCAAUGGCCAACAUACUGUCGCCUCAAUAGCUGUUACAUCAGCCGAGAGCUCUUGCUCCAGAAGAUGGCGACUUGCCGCGGAAAGCAGAAAAGCAGAAAAACAGAAAACCCCACUUCAAUUUCCCUGCUUGAUUUUCUCCGCUUCUUUCUCUGCCACCACAUAUUUGAGGUCUGCUGCCACAGCCAUGGACGAAAAACCAUAUAACUUGGAUCUAUAAUUGCAAAUUUAUUCAGUUUAUAUAUUUUUAGAAUAUAUUUCAAGCUUAUCAUUGCCUCUAAAACUAAACUAAACAAAUUCAAACUUCAAAAGAUUCGACAAGAGAUUUCGAAAGUGCUUGAUGACACGGUUUUGAAUCAGGUUUCAGUUUCAAAAAAAAGCUUAAAAUGAAUAUUUUUAGUGAUGCUAGCUUCUUCGCCACCGCUGUGCAUAAUACAUAAUUUGCAAUGUAAGCGCGACUUGGCCGCAAAUAUGAGCCGAGACGAAGCCCGGCCUGGGACGGGCCAGGCCAUCUUUGAUCGGCGUUGCAGAGCGCUGUGUCAGUUGUAUUUCUGGCACGCCGGCCAACGGUUCACCUAGAGCGGCUCUGCCUCUGGGCUUCCGAUUCCGACACGACUCACGAGUGAUUAGUUUGAGGCCAAAGUAAAUUGAAAACCGAUAUACCCCCGAUACCGGUGCGAGUUCUCCCCUCCCAUACCCCAAACACAGGUGAUUUUUCGCUCUUCCGCUCUCUGGCUCCCACUCUCUCUCUCUCUCUUGUUGCGUUGGGCUCCCCUGCAGGGCUGCUCGGCCGCUCGGCCGCUCUCUGAUGGGGUACUUGAUGUGAUUCACCGUUAAGCCGUUAAAUCGCUUUGCUCGUGCGCGCACUGAUCGAUUCAACUUCGCUGUCGUGUCGCUGCCGCUGCCGCUGCUGCUCUCCCGCCGUGGUUGUCGCUUGUCGUUGCCACUACUACCCCGCCUGAUUAAGGUUCAGACGCACAUCCGACCAGCCGUCAGUUGGCUCAAAAGCUCCAACAGCGGAGCAUCGCGUUAACAAAACAAAAGGAAAAAACGGAACGGAAAAAACGGAACACGGAACAGGGAACACUCGCUGGCGAUCAAAAGCCACAACAAUAUUGAUAUCGAGUCCCAGUCGGGUGAAAAGUCGGCCAGAAAGCCUGAUUGUCCGAUUUGUGUGAACCAAAACCCUCUGCUGAUACCUUUUCCAUCCGCAAACACCCCCAAGAAGCACCAAAAUGGCAGUCUUACUGCAGGAUUUUCAGGAGUGGUACCGCGACCUCAUGGACAACAAGAGUGAUCCCCGCGUCAGCGACUUCUUUCUGCUGUCCUCGCCACUGCCCACGCUGGGCAUGUGCAUAUUCUAUGCCUACUUCAGCAAAUCUCUGGGACCAAGGCUGAUGGCCAACCGAAAACCAAUGGAGCUGCGUACGGUGCUAGUCUUUUACAACGCGAUACAGACCAUUUUCAGUGCGUGGAUUUUUUACGAGUACUUAAUGAGUGGCUGGUGGGGCCACUAUAGCUUUAAAUGCCAGCCCGUCGACUACAGCAACAGCCCCCUGGCGAUGCGAAUGGUCAACAUCUGUUGGUGGUACUACAUAUCCAAGUUCACCGAGUUCUUCGACACACUCUUCUUCAUUCUGCGCAAGAAGAACGAGCACGUCUCCACCCUGCAUGUCAUCCACCACGGAUGCAUGCCGUUCUCGGUCUGGAUGGGUCUUAAGUUUGCCCCAGGCGGACAUAGCACGUUUUUCGCCCUCCUCAACUCCUUUGUACACAUCGUGAUGUACUUCUACUACAUGAUCGCCGCCAUGGGCCCCAAGUACCAGAAGUUCAUCUGGUGGAAGAAGUACCUCACCACCUUCCAAAUGGUCCAGUUCGUGGCUAUCUUCACGCAUCAGUUCCAGCUGCUGUUCCGCGAGUGCGACUAUCCAAGUGGAUUCAUGGUGUGGAUCGGUCUGCACGGCAUUAUGUUCCUGUUCCUGUUCUCCGACUUCUACAAAGCCAAAUACCUGAGUGCCACCCGGCGUCGUCGCCAGGCUGUCAAGGCCAACGGACAUGCCAACGGUGUGCAAUCCAACGGGCACUCCAAGCACCUGGGGGAGGGCGAUGCUCCGCUCACCAACGGCAGCAACAAAGGAGCUUGUAUGCCCGUAUUGGAGGAUGAGUACGUGAAGAGCAAUGGACACACCAUGGAUGGCUUCUUCAAGGAGGGCGUGCUGUCCAGCAACGAUGCCAUCUUGAACCCGGACAGCAGUAGCUCUAGUCUGCACCAGCGCAAAGUCAAAUAACUACUAAUUAGGAGUACUACGAUGAUAUUCAUUAUGAUUAGCUUAAGUGUUUAGCGUUAAAAGCAACCAGAUUGAAGGACAAGCAUGCUAAGAUCUUGCAGAAGAUCUUGAUGAACUAUCAGAAAGAAUGUGACAAUUGCAACCGCAAUCGGGGCGAAAUCAGGAGAAACACUCAGUUGAAGGAUUGUUCUUUUCAUAAUUUAUAAUACAGAUACGUACAAAACAUGCGAGAUGUUUAGUCAAGUCGAUGUGAAGAAACGUACCGAACAGAAGCAACUUGUGCCCACCCACCCGAACCGUCAACUAAAGCUAAGUAGGAAAAAAAAGCAUCAUCAGCAGCAGCAGCAGCACAAACUGUUAUGACCUAACCGAAACCUUUUAUAAACGUUUUCUAUGGCACCAGUUUACAAGCCCUUUUUAUGAUCACUCACCUCACAGAAACCGAAACAGAAACAGAAACUGAAACAAAAAAAAGCAUUAUUUUUGGAAUGAUAUUUGUAGGCCCCAUUGAAGCGUGUUCUAAACUAGCGACAUAGACCAUUAAAAUUUUUUAUAAUAGCAUAACAUUGAUAGUUGUAGACUUUUUUAUGGCAAUUUUGAUAACUAGUUAAUGAAAAGAGAAAACAGAAAUUCUAACGAUAAACUGCAGCUGCUAAGUAGGCUCUUUUUGUAUAGGCAUUUUGUAACUUAAAGAGCAGGUUAAUAACUAUUUUUGGCCGGUUUUGUAUAUUGAAGAAGGAUGGACGACUUUGUUGCAAUACUUUGUAAAGAAAGGUCUAAUAGUUAAACUUAUUUAUACAUUGUAGCUAGCUAGCCAAUUGCAAACGUAAUAGACAGUCUGCCAGACUAGUUGAAACAACACUCCUUCUACCCUCAUAGAAGGUUAGGUUAGGAUAACGAAAGGACAUCGCAUGAAGGCUUCAAGGCUUCAGUCGUGGAGACUCUGAGUGCAAAACGGCUUUAGAGCAGACAAUCAUCAGUUAAUGCCUAUGCGUUGGUCGCCAACGAAAAAAGGAAACAAAUCAUUCAACUAUUAUACUAUUAUCUCUGAACCUCAUUUUGGUGUGGCUUACAUGCGUAUAAUAUUUUUAAUCAAAACUACUUGUACUUGUAUGAUAUAUGUACUACCUACUAUCCCCUUUUCCCACUUUUGGUUUGAAGUUGUUAAACGGUUUCAUUUCAGAGAAGAGAAGCAAAGCAUUUGCUAAAAUUGUUCGUACAUUUAAUUCUGUCUGUUAACCUGUGCGUAUUGGUUUCAUUGUUAAGUUAUGUGGUUUAAGCUGACAAGUUCAAAAACUAUGGGAAACCUGAAUAAAGCUUAUUAAUUAAUUUAUACUGAA